AUGGCUGAUAUUAUUUUUAUAGAAAGCAUUUCAUAUAUUGAACUAGAUUUUUCAUUUCUCCUCCCUCAAAUACAACAUCUUUUUUUAUUAUCUGAUUUGCUUUCUUUUUUUUUAAUCUUCUCCGUGUCUAUUACGAUAUUUUUUUUCUCACUAACCUAUAUAGAUACAACCAGAUAUCUAUACUUAUAUCUACAUAUAUACUUAUUUAUUUACAAGAUUUAUUGA